AUGGUUGUUCCUAUCAUCGUCGGGAUAGGCGUCACGAUAGCUGCUCUUACUACUAGAGCGGCUAUUGCUACUGCUCAGCGAUACAGCCGUCUAUCGCCGCAAAUGAUAGCCACGCUAAACAACAUCAGACUAGAACGUUCAAACGAUACUUCGCUACAUGACUCGGGAGCAAAGGCAGAGCAUAUACGGUACCUCAAGGGGCGGUUCAAUAAUACGGGAUUUCAGGAUAGAAUGACGGAGAAUGAGGCGCUUUUGGUCUUGGGGAUCGAGGCAAACGAGAUCUCGAAAUUAGACAGGAACCUCUUGAGGCAACGCUAUAGAAAGCUUAUGGUGAUGAACCAUCCAGAUAAGAAUGGGUCUCAAUGUUCUUGA